AUGGCAUACACAACUCUCCUCUGGGUGCUUUUUGCCCUCCUACUUCCCUAUUACUUCAGACCUCUUAUCCACAACCUACUUAACCAUCGCGCCAAUGCCAAAUAUGCCCGCGAACACAACUGCCACCCCCCAAAGGUACACCUCACAAAGACCGUCUUCCCCUUCAGCAUUGUCAACGUCUACCAGUUCGCGCGCGCCGCUGCGUCAAAGCGCCACAUCAACCAUUUCCUCGACCAGGUCCAGCGCUUCGGCAAUACACGCGUCUACUCUUCCCCGCUGUUCAUAGGCCAUGCCAUUGUUAGCAUUGAACCAGAGAUCAUCAAGACUAUCCUCGCCACCAACUUCGCCGACUGGGAGCUCGGAAAGGUCCGUCACGAGGCCUUCUCGGCACUGCUGGGCGACGGUAUCUUUACAAGCGAUGGCAAGGUCUGGGAACAUGCGCGCGCUCUAUUGCGCCCGCAGUUUGUCAAGGACCAAAUCUCGGAUCUUAACGAUCUCGAGAUACAUUUCCAAGACCUGCUAUCGAUUCUGACGGCGCCGGGGGAGGGCCAGGUCGUCGAGCUGCAUAAGCUCUUUUUGAGCUACACCAUGGAUACGUCGACGAGCUCGUUGUUUGGGGAGUCGGUAUUUUCGCUGCGCAGGCGUGGCGGUGACGGCGUGGGCGAGAGCUUUCAGGACGACUUUGAUUAUGCGCAAUUGGCGAUGGGGUAUCGGCUUGUAGUGUGGGGGUACCAUCUACUAUAUCGCCCACGCAGGCUACCCAAGGCGCUCAAGCGGAUCCAUGACUAUGUGGAUGAGUUUGUCGACCGCGCGAUCCAGAGACAAAGGGUCGAGAAGAAGGAGGAGGGGAAGUAUGUGUUUCUGGAAGAGCUCGCGAAGGCUACACAGGACCGGAAAGUGUUGCGGGAUCAGACUCUUAGCGUCAUGAUUGCAGGCAGGGACACAACGGCAACAUUACUGUCGUGGGUGUUUUGGCUGCUGUCGAAGAAUCCAAAGAUGUGGGGGAAGCUGAGGCAGGAGGUACUGUAUGAAGUUGGGAAAGAGCUACCAAACUACCAGCAGCUGAAGGAUUGCCGGUAUCUCAAGUGGGUGAUCAACGAAGCACUGCGAUUAUACCCAGUCGUCCCCAUUAACUUCCGUUACUGCAACAAGAACACCACCCUCCCCAUCGGCGGUGGCCCCUCUGGUGACCUCCCCAUGUUUGUCCCAAAGGGCUCCCGUGUCGUGUACAGCGUGUACGCCCUGCACCGCCGCACCGACAUCUACGGUGCCGACGCCGACGAGUUCCGCCCCGAGCGCUGGGGUGAGAUGACGCCGCGAGCGUGGGAAUAUCUUCCAUUCAACGGCGGCCCAAGAAUCUGUAUUGGACAGCAAAUGGCGCUGAUUACGGCGAGUUACACGAUUGUGAGGAUGGUGCAGGAGUUUAGGGCCGUGGAGGAUGCGGAUAUAGUGAGGGAGCAGGUGUUGACGAAUAUUGGGCUUACGCUCAGUCCUGCGAAUGGGACGCCGGUGAGGUUGUAUAGGGAUGUGGAGUAG